UUUCAUUCCCAUGAUACCCUGCGCUCAUAUUUUCAAACAAAAUGGCGGCGAGGUCGAUAUUUCGCUGGAGAAGAAACCAAAAAGAAGUAAUGUGUGUCUAGCUUACUGGAUACAACCAACACGAUACAAGAUGCAAGCAAACGAAGCUAGAUUCCUUAAAAGGAGGGUUAAAGGGGGGAACAUCGAUGUGCAUCCGACUGAAAAUGCCAUCGUGGUGAAUUAUGAAGUUGAGGCCAUCAUUCUUGGUGAGAUGGGAGAACCUAUGGUUGGCGAGAGAAAAGAAUGCCAAAAAGUGAUUCGUCUUAGAAGUUUAAAUUCUACAACAAAUAUUGCAGCUCUGUCAAAGGAGAUUAUUGAAAAAUGCAAACUUAUCCAUCCAUCAAAACUCCCCGAAGUGGAGCAACUACUUUAUUACCUUCAGAAUCGAAAAGAGAACUCAAAAUCUAAAGAUAAACAGAAGACAGAGCGAGAGAGACUUGAGGAAAGAUCUGCAGAGUUUGAGGGGACAGAGAUUGAUGAGGUUGCAAACAUUAAUGACAUUGAUGACUACAUUGAGCUUCUGUAUGAGGAUAUCCCUGAGAAGAUCCGAGGCACUGCCCUGAUCCUACAGCUAUCUCGAAAUCCUGAUAACUUAGAGGAGCUAGCUCAGAAUGAGACUGUCCUUGGGGCACUGUCAAGGGUGAUGCGAGAGGACUGGCGCAAGAGCUCUGAGCUCACCACCAACAUCGUGUACAUGUUCUUCUGCUUCUCCAGCUUCUCCCAGUUCCACACCAUCAUCAUCCAUUACAAGGUCGGGGCCAUGUGUAUGCAAGUUAUGGAGCAUGAGAUCACACGCUACAAGUCAUGGACUGAGGAACUGGAAAAGAAACGAACUGGCAAAAAUCAGAAAGACUACGAGAAAAGCUACAAAAAGUUUCUUGGACUUGUGAAGAAGCAAGAACAAUUACUAAGAGUUAUCAUCUACCUGCUACUAAACUUGGCUGAGGAUGCGAAGGUGGAGAUGAAGAUGAAGAACAAGGGCGUGGUCAGCAUGCUGGUCCAGUUGCUGGAGCGGGACAAUGCCGACCUCCUCAUCUUGGUGGUGUCCUUCCUCAAGAAGCUCUCUAUCUUUGUGGAAAACAAGGAUGAAAUGGCAGAAGCCAACAUUAUUCAGAAAAUCAACAAGCUUAUUCCUAACUCUAAUGAGGAUCUGCUGAAUAUCACUCUUCGUCUGCUGCUGAAUCUCUCCUUCGACACCCAACUCCGUGAAGCCGCAGUCAAGUGUGGACUUGUUCCUAAACUUGUCCAGCUGAUAUCGAACGAAAUUCACAGUGUAGUUGUUCUCUGCAUCCUGUACCACAUAAGCAUGGAUGACAAGUUCAAGUCCAUCUUUACCUACACUGACUGUGUACCUACUGUCAUGAAGCUGAUGCUUGAGAGUCCCGGGGAGCAGAUAGAACUCGAACUGAUUGCUCUCUGUAUAAACCUGGCAGCCAAUAAGCGCACAGCACAACUCAUCUGUGAGGGGCCUGGGCUAAGGCUGCUCUUGCGACGCGCCUUCAAGUUCCAGGAUGCACUGCUGCUCAAGAUGAUCCGGAACAUAUCUCAGCACGACGGGCCGACAAAGAAACAGUUCAUAGAUUUCAUUGGUGAUCUGGCCAAUGCCGUGCGUACAUGCCCGGAUGAAGAGUUCGUGGUCGAAUCUCUAGGCAUUCUGGGUAACCUAACAAUCCCUGAACUCGAGUUCAAGCAGCUCCUUGUGGAUUACGGGAUGCUUUCCUACAUCAAGGAUAAACUGCAGCCAGGUGCUGCCGAAGACGAUCUAAUUCUGGAAGUGGUGAUACUCAUCGGGACGGUGUCCAUGGAUGAUGGAUGUGCCUCAAUCCUGGCGAAAGAAGGCGUCAUACAAACACUGAUUGAACUUUUAAAUGCAAAACAGGAGGAUGACGAAGUCGUGCUGCAGAUCGUUUAUGUCUUCUAUCAGAUGAUCUUCCACAAGGCAACCCGUGACGUCAUCAUCAAGCAGACUCAGGCGCCCGCUUACCUAAUCGACCUGAUGCACGAUAAAAACACGGAGAUCCGCAAAGUAUGCGACCAGACACUAGAUAUUAUCAUGGAAUACGACGAGGAAUGGGCGCGGAAGAUUCAAGCAGAGAAAUUCCGCUGGCACAACUCCCAGUGGCUUGACAUGAUUGAGAACCACGCCCAGACAGACGGUGACGUGGAGGGCUACUAUGGUGACGAGGUCCCUUACCUAGAUGGAGACCUCCUGGACCGGCCCGACCUGUUCUACGGGCACCCGGGCUAUGAUGAUCCUGUCACGCUAAUAUCACGCGAGGGAGCUGUCACGCCAGAGUUCAUCGGUGACGAGCAGGGAGAGUACAUGAUGUACAAUGGGCAGGGAUACAUAGAUCCCAGAGAGCACCCCGCAUUUAUGGGCCCGGAUGGGCACCCUGCGUACAUGGGUCCUGAUGGGCACCCAGCAUAUAUGGACCCAGACGGACACCCUGCAUAUAUGGACCCUGAGAGCCAAGCAUACAUGUCGCGAUACCCUGUGGGAGGGUACCCCGAAGAUGAAUAUGGAUACGGAGGGGAGGAGGGUGUGGAAGAUUGGGGUCGAUUAAUUGGCGCUGAAGAAGAAUAUAUGUCCGACCAUAUGGGCCGUCCGGUAAGCCGGUAUCGGGGACGGCCUACUUCGCCCAUGUAUGCACCCUCCGAGGGGGGGAGGCCUGGAAGCAAACAUAGUGGUAGACCGGGACAGUACGAGGCCGAGGAGACUGACAUGUAUGGGAGGCCUGUGUCUCGCAUGCAGUAUGGAUAUAGAUAGUCCACCCCCCUCGCCUCAAGUCACUCCUCGCGUUUUAUUGAUAAAAAUAUCGUAGUUUAUUCUAUCAUGCCAGGCUGAGCUCUUACGGCGUACUUUUUAUGUUUCGUCCCAGAUUCAAACGCGAAUAAACAGUCGAUUGUUUUGUCUUCAUUUGCACGCAUUCGCAUUUGAUCCGGCAUGCGAAAAGUACGCCGUAUGAACUGGUUCUAACUCGUCCAGGAAGUUUGUAGUUUCUCCUACAGCGAUGUGCUCAAUCAUUAAACUCUUUAAACUCA